AGAAACCUGCUGUGCGAAUGAGUGAGUGAUCCCAUCUUCACGUCUUUAGCUGAUGUAGGACACAAUGGGUGUGUGUCCCCUGCUCCUGCUGCUCAGUCUCGCCCUGGGGGCCUCAGGCCAGGAUCAUGUCCCUGCCACAACUGCUCCAAAUAUCUCGGGAAAAUGGGCAGAAGUCCCCACCGCACACGUUAAGAUCAAGCAAGCCGCCACAGGGCCACCGACAGCACUGACCCUCGGAGUCAUCCCAGUGACGACAACACCGCCACCGACGACGACAACAAUGGCGAGCCCAGCUGUUGCCGAGGAUGUCCAAGUGGUGGAUUCUAACACCACCGUCUGGUUGGCACCCAUCCCUCUGUCCCCGUCCCAAACUCCAGCCGAUGGCUUCCAGCCCACGCAAAGCCCGGAGGCCUCCUCUCCUACCACGUCUGUGGAUAGUGAGAACAGCACCACAGCAGACACGCCUACUCCCGAUACGUCCAUUGAAGACGAGGGCUUUACCACUACAGACAUGGAUUCCUCCUCAGAUGCCAGCCCACAUGACAACAGCUCUUCUGACGACAUGCCAAUCAUCGCAGUGAUGGUGGCGCUCUCCUCCCUGCUGAUCAUCAUCUUCAUCAUCAUCAUCCUCUACAUGCUCAGGUUCAAGAAGUACAAGCAGGCAGGAAGCCACUCCAACUCAUUCAGACUGGCCAAUGGUAGAUCAGAUGAUACAGAACUCCAGAGUGUGCCGCUAUUGGCCCGUUCGCCCAGCACAAACAGGAAGUACCCGCCCCUUCCUGUCGACAAGCUGGAGGAAGAAAUGAAUCGUCGCAUGGCUGAUGACAACAAACUAUUCAGGGAGGAGUUUAAUGCUCUGCCAGUCUGUCCCAUCCAGGCGACAGUUGAUGCUGCCUCCAAGGAAGAGAACAAAGAAAAGAACAGAUACGUCAACAUCCUGCCAUACGAUCACUCCAGGGUGCAUCUCUCGUCUCUGGAAGGCGUCCCCGACUCUGACUUUAUCAACGCCUCCUUUAUAAACGGUUACCAGGAGAAGAACAAGUUUAUUGCAGCUCAAGGGCCAAAGGAGGAAACGGUAAAUGACUACUGGCGGAUGAUCUGGGAGCAGAACACAGCCACCAUAGUCAUGGUGACCAAUCUGAAGGAGAGGAAAGAGUGCAAAUGUGCACAGUACUGGCCGGACCAGGGCUGUUGGACAUAUGGAAACAUCCGGGUGUCUGUAGAAGACGCCAUGGUUCUUGUGGAUUACACCAUCCGCAAGUUUUGCAUCCAACAGGUUGGGGAUGUGUCGGGCAAAAAGCCUCAAAGGCUGGUCACUCAGUUCCACUUCACCAGCUGGCCAGACUUUGGUGUUCCCUUCACCCCCAUCGGCAUGUUGAAGUUCCUCAAGAAAGUGAAAACGUACAACCCUCAAUACGCCGGGCCCAUUGUGGUCCACUGCAGUGCGGGCGUAGGGAGGACGGGUACCUUCAUCGUGAUCGACGCCAUGUUAGACAUGAUGAAUUCCGAGAGGAAAGUGGACGUGUUCGGCUUUGUCACCAGGAUUAGAGCCCAGCGCUGUCAGAUGGUCCAAACUGAUAUGCAGUACGUGUUCAUCUUCCAGGCCUUGUUGGAGCACUAUCUUUACGGAGACACAGAGCUGGAGGUGACCUCACUGGAGUCUCACCUGGCCAAACUCUAUGCCCCUGCACCUGGAGCCGGCUGCAGUGGUCUGGAGGCCGAAUUCAAGAAACUGACGUCCAUCAAGAUCCAGAAUGACAAGAUGAGGACAGGCAAUCUGCCAGCCAACAUGAAGAAGAACAGAGUUCUGCAGAUCAUUCCAUACGAGUUCAACAGAGUGAUCAUCCCAGUGAAAAGAGGAGAAGAGAACACGGACUACGUCAAUGCUUCUUUCAUUGACGGUUACCGUCAGAAGGACUCUUACAUGGCCAGCCAGGGCCCCCUGCAGCACACCAUGGAGGACUUCUGGAGGAUGAUCUGGGAGUGGAGAAGCUGCUCCAUAGUGAUGCUCACUGAGCUGGAGGAGAGGGGCCAGGAAAAGUGUGCUCAGUACUGGCCCAGUGAUGGAGUGCUGGUGUACGGGGACAUCUCCAUGGAACUGAAAAGGGAGGAGGAGAGUGAGAGCUACACAGUGCGGGACCUCCUGGUCACCAACAACAGGGAGAACAAGGCUCGAGCGGUGCGUCAGUUUCAUUUCCACGGCUGGCCGGAGGUGGGCAUCCCCGCUGACGGUAAAGGCAUGAUCAAUAUCAUCGCUGCAGUGCAGAAGCAGCAGCAGCAGUCUGGCAACCAUCCAAUCACAGUCCAUUGCAGUGCCGGGGCAGGCAGGACCGGAACAUUCUGUGCAUUGAGUACAGUCCUGGAGAGGGUGAAGGCAGAAGGCAUCCUGGAUGUUUUUCAGACAGUCAAGAGUCUGAGGUUGCAGAGACCCCACAUGGUGCAGACACUGGAACAGUACGAGUUCUGCUACAAAGUGGUUCAGGAGUACAUCGAUGCCUUUUCCGACUACGCCAAUUUCAAGUAGAGACCCAGCGUCACACUAACACCACACACACACAACCACACACACACACACACACAACCACACACACACACACACACACACACACACACACACACAACCACACAUGGACCAGCUGCAGACCUUUGUUCUUUUUCUAAAAGUACUUUUAUGGCAACUUGGUCUUUGGACGGGACAAAAGUGACGCCAGGAACAGGCAUGGAGGACGGACCAGAAGGAGAAAUCUUCUUGAGUAUUUUGUAAGAAAGGUCUUGUUGAUGCUGACAUGUAUACAGUACACAUGCAUCUUAUUACUUUAGUAUCAUUGAUGCUGACAUGUAUACAGUACACAUGCAUCUUAUUACUUUAGUAUCAUUGAUGCUGACAUGUAUACAGUACACAUGCAUCUUAUUACUUUAGUAUCAUUGAUGCUGACAUGUAUACAGUACACAUACUUACUGUCUUGCAUCUUAUUACUUUAGUAUCACACACAGUUUUCAGUUUGGCUGCGUUUCUGGGCGGCCCCUGUAAAGUAUUUUAUUUCUAUAUAUAUAUAUAUAUAUAUAUAUAUAUAAAAUCUAUAUGAAUAUAAAACAAAUGCUUCGGAGGCUUACGUAAAAUAUUGUUAUUUUCACUUUUUAAGGACAGAGUUGAACAUCUUUUGGCUGAGCCGCAGUGUAGCAACGUGAGCAGUGGUGAAGGUCACACUCACACAUCAACUUAUUGAUAUAUUUCAAGCCACCGAAUGUACACAUGGCCAACAGCAGGGGGCAGCAUUGGUCUGCCUUUAGACACCGCCUACACAUACUGGAGAGCAAGAAAGUGUGCUCCAUUCACAUGGAAAUGAAUAGAAAUACUUUUUACCCACAAGACACCAGGGUGUCCAAACUAUUGCCCGCCGGCGUCUUUAGUUUGACCCGCGACACGUCCCGACUUCAGUAAGGAUUCUGCCCUGUGGGGAGCCCACAACUUCAUAUUUUAAAGAGCUGACAGUCUUAAUUGCUGCUAUUCUACCGCCACCUUGUGGACAGUGUGAGUACAUCAAGUCAAUGACCAUGAAUGUACCUAUAUGACCCAAUCCAAGAAACCUUUGCCACUCGAUGCGCAAACUGCAACCAAACACAGGAAGUCAACACACACAACAACCUGCUCACACAAUCUUUGUGGAUAUUAUAGAAAAACUUUACAAACACUGUACAUAGUUUGAAAAUACUCAUUUAAUGUCUCGACAAUAAAUGAUAGGAAAAAUGCAUAUAUAUAUAUAUAUAUAUGUAUGUAUAUAUUUAUGUAUAUGUAUAUAUAUAUAUAUAUAUAUAUAUACAUAUAUAUAUAUGUAUGUAUAUGUGUAUGUAUGCAUAUAUAUGUAUAUAUGUGUAUAUAUAUAUACACACGUGUGUGUGUGUGUGUGUGUGUGUGUGUGUGUGUGUGUGUGUGUGUGUGUGUGUGUGUGUGUGUGUGUGUGUGUGUGUGUGUGUGUGUGUGUGUGUGUGUGUGUGUGUGUGUGUGUGUGUGUGUGUGUGUGUGUGUGUAAUGUUACCUUACAUGCAGUCAGCUUUCAGCCCCCGGCCAAAUUUGUAUAGUUCCAUGUGGCCUCCAAGUCAAAAAGUUAGGGCACCCCUGAUCUAUAUGGACAAAAGUAUUUGUGUUUCUACUACUAAUUGAGAGCCAAUCAAACAAUUGGGUUGAACUUCAAAUGACCUCUGACCUCACGAAUGUUAUUUUGAAUCAAUGGACAAAAACAGAAAGGAAAUAAAGACGUUUGUUAGGAUGUCCCAAUACUUUUGUCCGUAUUGUGUUGGCUAUUAAAGAACCAAAAACACGCACAAGUCAGUAUUUCCUCUAAUAUUCUCUCCCAUGUUCCCACCAUCAACACUGAUGUGGAACAUUGUUACUCAUCAUGUUCCCACCAUCAACACUGAUGUGGAACAUUGUUACUCAUCAUGUUCCCACCAUCAACACUGAUGUGGAACAUUGUUACUCAUCAUGUUCCCACCAUCAACACUGAUGUGGAACAUUGUCACUCAUCAUGUUCCCACCAUCAACACUGAUGUGGAACAUUGUCACUCAUCAUGUUCCCACCAUCAACACUGAUGUAGAACAUUGUCACUCAUCAUGUUCCCACCAUCAACACUGAUGUGGAACAUUGUCACUCAUCAUGUUCCCACCAUCAACACUGAUGUGGAACAUUGUCACUCAUCAUGUUCCCACCAUCAACACUGAUGUGGAACAUUGUCACUCAUCAUGUUCCCACCAUCAACACUGAUGUAGAACAUUGUCACUCAUCAUGUUCCCACCAUCAACACUGAUGUGGAACAUUGUCACUCAUCAUGUUCCCACCAUCAACACUGAUGUGGAACAUUGUCACUCAUCAUGUUCCCACCAUCAACACUGAUGUGGAACAUUGUCACUCAUCAUGUUCCCACCAUCAACACUGAUGUGGAACAUUGUCACUCAUCAUGUUCCCACCAUCAACACUGCUGUGGAACAUUGUCACUCAUCAUGUUCCCGCCAUCAACACUGAUGUGGAACAUUGUCACUCUAUGAUAGAAUGAUGUUCCCAUCAUGAACACUGGUGUGGAACAUUGUCCAUUUUUAUUCAAAUGCUGUUUCUAACAAAAAUUGGUAAUGGCCUUUUCUUUUACUUUUGUGUGCCAUGCAGUGUUUACUCUUUUUUUCUUUUUUAAUUGCUGUUUACUUUGAGGAAUACCGUAUUUCCCCCACUAUAAGUAUAUAAGCUGCACCAGUAUAUAAGCCGCACCCACCAAAUUUUAUAAGCAAAAAAAUAUAUUUUUCAUUGAUUACCUGCAGCGGACUAUAAGUAUAUACGUGUACUUAGUGAGUAAAUGUGGAUUUCCAUACUUUGUUUCCAAACGGUGCCUGUCAGUCGUGUCCAAUACCACUGAUUUUAUUUCCAAUCCGAUCGUGUAAAGUUCAGGCUGGUAUCGAUCCGAUACUGAUACUUGGUUCAAUAUACCCAGUGUGUCUGGUCAAAAAUGUCAAAGUAUUCAAAGUUGUGCUGCCUUGUCUUCAAACGAUAUCAACUCAAAACAAAUUAUGGCAUUUUUCUGUAUACAGCGGCCAUUUUGAUAUUUUGUAAAUAAUCCCUAAAACAGAUAUGUAUCACAUAAAAACAGACUAUAUUUAUAUUUAAAGACAAAACGUGGUGUCAGCUUUGUGUGACAAAGUGUACUAUUAUUAGUAGGGAUGAUGUUUGAUAAGAAAUUAUCGAGUUCGAGCCCAUUAUCGAAUCCUCUUAUCGAAUCGAUUCCUUAUCGAUUCCAGAUAGGUUGUUGUAUAUGGAAAAAAACACAAUAUUUGGUUUAACAAAAGCUCACUUUUAUUUAAUAAGAAAAAAAUAAAAUACAAUAAAUAAAUAUUGACUGUUACCCCCCUAAAAAAAAAAUACUGACUGUUGUUACCCAAAGUAUAUUAAGUGGGAUUUUUCAGAAAAACAAAUAUAUACAGUAACACAAAAACAAGCUGUCCCUGUGAUCACUAUAGGUGUAUAAAUAAUAAUAUAGUGUUAAAUAAAAUCAGUCCCUUGGGCACAAAACUGAAAAUAAUACAGCUCUCCAAAAAGUGCACUUCUGCUGCUAUUGGAACAUACUAACUACACACACAGGCAGACAGCUAACAAACAAUCCAAGACGUCUAAUAAAGUUCCAAAGCAGAUUAAUCUAUUUAGGCUCUUUAUUGUUGUUGAUCUUGCUUUGUCUUUUCCUAUCUUUACUUUUGUCUUGCACUGGACUGUUGUUGUUUUUUUAACUGAAAUACACACAAUGACAAAUGUAUAAGCUAUGUGAUUCAAUGAACAUACUGAAAUGUAAUACACGAUAUGUAAAUAUUAGCUUCACACAAAUAUACAGUACUAUCAUCAAACAAAUACUUCUUAGUGUUGAAACUAUUUUGAUGGUGGAAAUACACGACUGGCGGCCAUUUGAAGUCCUCAAAACAUCCAUUGAAACAGUGCACAACAAUUGUUUUUCAAUAAACAUCUUAGUAUCAAACUUAACCACUUUCCACCUUAAUAUUGAGUUACAUAAACAAGUUAAACAGUUUACUUACACACUUAUCUUUUCCAAGGCUUGUAAGAGCUAACACAACUUGUCUACUUCUCAAUUGUCUCAACCCGGAAGUGCCCAAACUAAUGACGCGUAGUAUUUUCAUAUCGCCACAAGGUGUCAGUAAGAGUCUACAAUCAAAUGGGCAUAACAUUGCAGGUCCCACAGGGCAUUUCCUGUACGUGGGAAGGGAUUCGUUCACAGGGAUUUGAAUAAAGAACCAACUCUUUUUCUCUACUGUAGUGGCCUCGAUAACGGGAACCGGUUCUCAAAAAGGGAUUCGAGUCCAUGGAAUCGGUUCUUUUCUUAUCGAACAACCGGGAGAACAUCAUCCCUAAUUAUUAUUUAUUACAGCUUUAUUGACAAAGUGUAGUAUUAUUAGUUAUUAGAGGGGUGUGUGACAAAGUGUAGUAUUAUUAGUUAUUAGAGGGGUGUGUGACAAAGUGUAGUAUUAUUAGUUAUUACAGCUUUGUUGACAAAGUGUAGUAUUAUUAGUUAUUAGAGGGGUGUGUGACAAAGUGUAGUAUUAUUAGUUAUUAGAGGGGUGUGUGACAAAGUGUAGUAUUAUUAGUUAUUAGAGGGGUGUGUGACAAAGUGUACUAUUAUUAGUUAUUAGAGGGGUGUGUGACAAAGUGUAGUAUUAUUAGUUAUUAGAGGGGUGUGUGACAAAGUGUAGUAUUAUUAGUUAUUAGAGGGGUGUGUGACAAAGUGUAGUAUUAUUAGUUAUUACAGCUUUGUUGACAAAGUGUAGUAUUAUUAGUUAUUAGAGGGGUGU